AAGAUGACAGUGUUGGAGAAAGAAAUAUAGCAGUGAACAAAGCGGGUGCAAAGCUAAAAUCAACCACUGAUCAGAAUGAGUGUAUAACGGCCGUAAGGACAGUAACUUUAUAUAGAGUUAGGGAAGUUGUAAGAAAUGGAAUUGGAGUUAAAAAAAUGGAAAUGUACGACCAAGCGAAGGAAAUAGCGUUAAGGGUGGAAGUGGAAUUGAAAGGUUGA